GCUCCAUCUUCCUUUCCCGUUCUCCGUCGUGCGUGUGUGUUUGCGUAUGUGUGUUAGGGUGGCGCCGUUGGUUGGGCGGGUGCUUUAGGGUUGCUGUCAACAUCCACUUCAGAAAUAUUGGUGUGAAGGCAGAGUCCAUUUAAGUGCUGACAACUAAUAACAUUUGGUAUUGGUGCCACCAAUGGUAAUGUGCUCUGAUAUUUUAGUUCUGUGACAAGGACAAGUCAGCACUCAGCACACUUUGAAGAUUUUAAAUAAUUACUGGGUGUGAUGGCUGAUGCAGACAAGCUGAACAUUGACAGUAUCAUUGCUCGGUUGCUGGAAGUGCGGGGAGCGCGACCCGGCAAGAAUGUGCAGCUGACCGAGACCGAGAUCCGCGGCCUGUGUCUCAAGUCGCGCGAGCUGUUCCUGCUGCAGCCAGUGCUGCUCGAGCUGGAGGCGCCGCUCAAGAUAUGCGGCGACAUACACGGCCAGUACUAUGACCUGCUGCGACUGUUCGAGUACGGCGGCUUCCCUCCCGAGUCCAACUACCUGUUCCUCGGCGACUACGUGGACCGGGGCAAGCAGUCGCUCGAGACCAUCUGCCUGCUGCUCGCCUACAAGAUCAAGUACCCGGAGAACUUCUUCCUGCUGCGGGGCAACCACGAGUGCGCCAGCAUCAACCGCAUCUACGGCUUUUACGAGGAGUGCAAGCGGCGCUACAACAUCAAACUGUGGAAGACGUUCACCGACUGCUUCAACUGCCUGCCGGUGGCGGCGAUCGUGGACGAGAAGAUCUUCUGCUGCCACGGCGGCCUGUCGCCGGACCUGCAGAGCAUGGAGCAGAUCCGGCGCGUGCCGCGACCCACAGACGUGCCCGACCAGGGCCUGCUCUGCGACCUACUGUGGUCCGACCCCGACAAGGACACCAUGGGCUGGGGAGAGAACGACCGGGGCGUCUCCUUCACGUUCGGUGCCGAAGUGGUGGCCAAGUUCCUGCACAAGCACGACUUCGACUUGAUAUGCCGCGCUCACCAGGUGGUGGAGGACGGUUACGAGUUCUUCGCCAAGCGGCAGCUGGUGACGCUGUUCUCGGCGCCCAACUAUUGCGGCGAGUUCGACAACGCCGGCGCCCUCAUGUCGGUGGACGAGAGCCUCAUGUGCUCGUUCCAGAUCCUCAAGCCAACCGACCGCAAGAAGAUGUACGGCGGCGUCAACGCGGCGCGGCCGGCUAUCCCUCCGCGCGGCGGCUUCCCCGGUGUGAACAAGAAUAAGAAGAAGUAGCCAGCCGACCGACGCGCCACUUUCAUAGUUCUUUUCGCUGGCGGCCGGCCGGGGGCGCGCUGGGCGCCCGGCGCCGCGCCGCCUGGAGGCAGCUGACUGACGGCUGGGUGCGGCCCGGCCGGCGCCGCUGGCGGGCGGGUCCGGCCCCGCACUGGUGCUCAGAGGCGGUGUUGUGUGCUGCCGCUGCCGGCUCUGUUGUCGCGCAGUACAAAUAGUGUUCUGUGGCCCUGACGGCAGCCGUGCGCCGCUGCCCGGCCCGGCCGUGCCUCGGCCGGCAAACCAAUAAACACCUCAAACAGCGCUCUGUUGGACACCGACGCUCGCGCUGAGAGUCACGGAUAUGACCCACACGUGGUCCUGUGACCACUGAGCCGGCUCACUAGUGUGUCUUUAUUUAUGACUUGGCCUAAAACGGUGACCGCUGAGGUGAUGUCCGCAACAAGCAUUCAAUAUAUCUUUUUGUCCCUGA